UUCAAUCAUUUUCUUAAUCUAUGUGAAAAUAUCGGAAUAAUAUCAAUAGAUUUUAACAUUUGAUAAGUAAUGUUUUAAUUUUUUAUUUGGAAAUUUUUUUAUAAAAAUAUUCGAACUAAAUUUGGUUAAAUUUUUUAAUACCCAAAUUUUUUGCUACCCAAUUUAAUAUCUCAACUAAUUAUUAUGUCUAUUUUAAUACACAAACUUUUGAUACGGUCUUUCUUUUUAAUACCCAAAUUAUGUUAAUAAUUUUCAAAUAAAAUUUUAAAAAUCUUUAAAAUUCACAAAAUAAUGUGAAAGAUUCUAAUUUUAUUUUAAUCCUUAGAAAUAGAAGUAAUUAAAUUAUGGAUAAUCUUAAAUUGUGUAAUAAUUUUUUUAAGAAUUAAAUAUGAAAUUUGGUUUAUUUUUGGAAAUAGAAAAUAAAUUUAUUUUCUUUUCCUUUGAAAUUGAAUUUUUUAUAAAUUUAUGAUUUUUUCCAUGAUUUAGUUAUAUUUUCUUUGCUAUAACUUAAAAUAAAAGUGGAAAUUUUAAAGAUUUUGGAGGUUUUUUAAAAUUUUGUUUGAUACUUAUUAAUACUUUUGAUUAAAAUAAACAAAGUUUGAGUAUUAAAUGAGCAUAGUUUUAAAAGUUUGUGUAUUAAAAUAGGUAAAAUAAUUAGUUGACUUAUUAAAGUGGGUAACAAAAAAAAUUAGUUGAGGUAUUAAUAGUAUACAUCAUUAUAUUAUUUUAUAUUUAUAUUAAAUAUAAAAAUAAUCUAAAAGGUUACUUAAUUUUUUUUUAAUUAUUUCAACCUGUUUCAUUACGAAGUUUUAAUAAAAUACCUGUAAUUUGUUUGGUAAAUUUGUGAUAUAUACUUAUUUGAUAAAUUAUUAAUCAUAAAAUUUAUUUGAUGUUAGUUUAUUAACUCUACAUUAUAUUUAUAUAAAAAUAUUUGAUUUCAAUUUAACCCAUAAUUUUGCAUAUAUAAUUAUAUGUUCUCAAGAAUAAAAACAAUUAAGAAUAUGAAUCUAAUAUUUAUUAAUUUUAAAGGAAUGCAGUUUUUUUUAUUAAAAUACAAACAAAAUAAUCUAUUAAUUUAAUUAAUUUUAUAUUAAAUGAUUUUCUUGUAGUGUCUAAACUCGAAAGUAGUUAUAUUUUCAACUUUUUUAUAAAAUAUUUGAGUGGUUUUAAAUCAACUAAUUUAAAAGAAGAGAAAUAAAAGAUUAUUAAAAAGGUAGGACCUAAUUUUUUAUAUUGUUUGGACACAAGAUUAGUUAUUGUGUUGUUUGGAAACACAUUUAGUAGUAUAGUGUUAUUUACCAUAAUUAGAAUAGUGAAUUUAACUAUAUAGUAGAAUAGUGUAUUUGAUUUAAAAACUAACAAAAAAAGUUUGGGUCAAUGAGAAUGAUUUUGUUUUAAUAAGAGAGAUGAUAUUAUAUGUUUGGCUAAGAAAACCUCGUUGCAAGCGUUUCAUAAUGUUAUGGUAUCAUGAGGAAUGGAGAGCUCUGAAUCUCUCUUAAUGAUAGAGAAGAGUGGAAACUUGAAGGAGUCUUCAAGGAUGCCAUUAACUUUGUCAUCUGGUCGAUCAAGUUGAUCCACUGUUUAAGAGUUUCAAGAAGCAAUCUGUAGAAUUUUGUUACAUUAAGAAAAGAGAAAAGAUAUUUCGGUGUAUAUAUUAUAGUGGACAUGAACUGUUAAACCUAUCUUAGCUCCGAUAGUAUUCCCCUGAUAUGGUUGUUUAACUUUGAACUAGAUUCAUGUAAUUUCAAAGCUCAGAAUUAGUUUGGAUAGACAAAAAAAAAUUAUUUAAUGAAAAUUAAAUUUAUAUUUAUAUUUUUUGUGCAGGAUAUAAUUGUAUCUUAUUCACGUCAAACACAAUGAAUAUUAAAAAAUAUAUUCUAUACUUCUACAUUUAAUCAAACAUACCUUAUGAAUGUAGACGGGUCUCCGAUUGUAUUCAGCGAAUUAAAUAUAAUCUAACAAGUCCACAGUUUUGAUAAAACAAAAAAUAAUAGCAACCGCCUUUCGGUUGUAUAAUUAUUGAAAUAAAGCAAAACUGUUAUUUGGUUUUAUAUUUUGAUUGGAUUUUCAAUACUUAUUUGAACUUAUCUUUUACAAUUACUUACCUUUUUCAUUAUAGUAAUUUUUAUGAUCAUAUAUUAUGCUGAUGAUGUAUUUUUGACAUUUAGAAUAGUGUCAAAUUCAUGGCAAGUCAUCUUAUUGACUUCCUAGAAAAUGUUUUGUUUGUUCGUGAACUGGACCUUGACUCAAUCAAUUCCUCUUUUUCCUGCUAAAAACCUUGGGUCAAUUUGCGUAAAGCAAGUAACAAAACUCCAGUCAUUUAGGAGUAAACUUGGUUAAAAAAAAUUCUAAAAACAUGAAAAUAAUUCGUUUAUUUAAUUUGUUUAAGAACGUAACAAACUCCAUGUGCUCCCCAAUUUUUCUGAGAGAUAAAUGCUAUUGUACGUUAAUUUUCUUUAAGAAAAAUCAAAUGAUAUCUCUAAGUCACUAUUAGCCAACGCUAACAACCUUUAUUAAAGGAGAGUUGUUGUCAUCUUAAGGCAUUUAAUUUGUUUUUCCUCAUUAUCAUGAAAGGCCAAUUAAACCUAACUCUAUCUCUAUAUAUAAGAAAGAAACAAAGAAAUGCUUCUUCAGUUAUAGUUUGCCAUAUUGUUAGAUAUUCACCUAGCUCUCGGUGUUGUGCGAGUUAAAGACGUACUUCCUUGCAGGUUGAUUAAAAGAGAGAAAGUACAAAACACUAAUCCUUCAAACAUAAAUGACAAAAGGUGUUUCUAGUUUUUCUUCAUCGAAAGUGUUUCUUCGGCUUGUUCUCGUUCUUGACACAACUUCUUCUCCUUCUCCGGAGAUUGAUCUGCGAAAAAGAUACCUUAAAUGGCCGCUAUGGAUCCGAGAAAUAAUGGUUACGUUGCUCCGCUAAAUGAUAAGGAGAGAGAUGAAGAUAUUGAAGUUGGUGAGGUGGUAGAGGUUCAAGAUAACCAAAGUGUGGCAUCUCUCAAGUCCAACGAUUCUGACCUUAAGAAGAAGACUAAUGAUGGUGAUACAAAGGAGAAAGGUGGCUGGACUAACGCACUCAUUUUGCUAGGAAACCAAGGACUAGCGACAUUGGCCUUCUUUGGUGUGGGAGUUAACCUGGUUCUGUUCCUAACGCGUGUUAUGGGACAAGGCAAUGCAGAAGCUGCAAACAACGUAAGCAAGUGGACAGGAACAGUAUACAUGUUUUCACUUGUGGGUGCAUUUCUCAGCGACUCUUAUUGGGGUCGUUACUUGACAUGCACUAUCUUCCAAAUCAUCUUCGUCCUUGGUGUGAGCCUCCUCUCUUUCACUUCUUGGUUUUUCUUGAUCAAACCUAAAGGUUGUGGCGAUGGAAACUUUACAUGCGACCCUCCCUCUUCCCUCGGCGUUGGCAUCUUUUAUUUAUCCGUUUAUCUAGUAGCCUUUGGAUACGGAGGUCACCAGCCAACGCUGGCUACAUUCGGUGCAGACCAGUUUGGUGAUAAUGAUAAAACCUCCAAAGCUGCGUUUUUCAGCUACUUCUACUUUGCACUCAACGUUGGAUCUCUCUUUUCAAACACAAUCCUUGUUUACUUUGAGGAUAAAGGGUUGUGGACUUUAGGGUUUUUGGUGUCACUAGGCGCUGCCAUUAUCGCAUUGGCAGCCUUUCUCGGCCCUACAAAACGUUAUCGUUACGUCAAGCCUUGUGGGAACCCUUUACCACGCGUGGCGCAGGUGUUCGUGGCUACUGCUCGGAAGUGGAGUGUUGUUAGGCCUGAAAACCACCAGGAGUUGUAUGAAGUCGAAGGUCCUGAAUCUGCCAUUAAAGGAAGUAGAAAGAUAUUUCACAGUUCCAAGUUUCUCUUCUUGGAUAGAGCAGCAGUUAUAACAGAUGAUGACAGGAGCGGGACAAGGAACAAUGCAUGGAGGUUAUGCAGUGUAACACAAGUAGAAGAAGCAAAAUGUGUGAUGAAGAUGCUCCCUAUAUGGCUAUGCACUAUAAUCUACUCAGUGAUCUUCACACAAAUGGCAUCAUUGUUCGUUGAGCAAGGUGACGUGAUGAAUGCAUCCAUCGGCAAAUUCCACAUCCCCGCGGCGAGCAUGUCAGUCUUCGACAUAUGCAGCGUCCUAAUAUCAACAGGAAUCUACCGCCACGUUAUAUUCCCAUACGUGAGACCCACGGAACUUAUGCGGAUGGGUAUAGGUCUAAUCAUAGGGAUAAUGGCAAUGGUGGCCGCAGGAUUAACAGAGAUCCAACGGCUUAGACGUAUCGUCCCUGGUCAAGCGGAGAGUGAGCUCACCAUUCUAUGGCAAAUACCACAGUAUGUUCUUGUGGGGGCUAGUGAGGUGUUCAUGUACGUUGGACAGUUAGAGUUUUUCAACGGACAGUCACCAGAUGGUUUAAAGAACUUAGGAAGCUCGUUGUGCAUGGCUUCGAUGGCGUUAGGUAACUACGUGAGUAGUAUGAUGGUGAAUAUUGUUAUGGCUAUAACCGCGAGAGGGAAGAGCCAUGGGUGGAUACCUGAGGAUCUAAAUGAAGGUCAUAUGGAUCGGUUUUAUUUUCUGAUUGCGGUAUUAGCUGCUAUUGAUUUCGUGUUUUAUUUGGUGUUUGCUAAGUGGUACCAACCCAUAAGCCAUGAUGAAGAUAGCAUCAAGGGAACUGGUGUAAAGAGGAAGGCUAUCUCAGAGUUAGACCAAGUUUAAUUUUUCUUUUCUAUUUAGUUUUUUUUAGCUACAAGUCAUCUUUUGAGGGUUUUUUUUCUAGUCGAAUAAUUGGUAGGGAACAAUCUUUGUUAGGGAUAAUGAAUAAUAAUAUAUUGUUGUUACUUGA